UUACAGUUGUGUUGGUAGCAACUAAUUUAAACAGUACCCUACUCCUUGUUGUCGUGUGCAUCCGGGCCGAAACCCUCGUCUCAUAAUCAUGGAUUCUGAAAACUAUGUGGAAACUCAUCCAUCAGACGACAAUGAAGCUAUGAAGACCAGUGACGUUUACAAAGUGGACAAACAUCUUCCUAAGCGUUUUAAUAACCCCGAUUGCUUUCAAGGCUACAGUACGAAGAAAAACCACCCAUUCUACCAGACAUCAAGCCAAAUAUAUGGAAGCAAGAGACCAACCGUUCAUGAAAUGCCUACAACUUUUAACGGCAGUUAUCGGAAGUUUUCAGAACACAUGCUGAAAAGUGGGAUGUUCAGAGAUAACGGGUUCAACACGUCCAUUGAGAAGAGCAAAAUCACAGGACACGACACCAUCCCCAUGUUUCAAGACAGGAUCAACUUUAAUUAUGCAUACGACAGUGGGAAUGGUCCAAGGAAUUGAAAACAUUACUCCACCAACCUUAAUUCAUUUUCAUUGCUACAUUUGUAUGUCAUUCAUUCUAUUUGCCUUUUAUAAGGAUCAAUUCCUAUAAUAAGUAUUUAAACAUCAUACAGAACAUUCACCUUGUUUUAUUAGACCCCACCUACCAUUGGUGAUUGGUUCAAUAAAAACCUUACCCCAACAUCAGUCUUGGCCACAAGGUGGACAUCUAACAACUUGCUGGCUAUUUUGCUGGCACAUGCAGGAGCUAACGCACAGAAAAAUAGUCAGCAAGUUGUUAGAUCACCACCUUGUGGCCAAGACUGAUGUUGGGGUAAAGUUUUUAUAUACGGUGAGUGUUCAAGACAAUAAGAACACCUUCCUAAUAUUGAGUUUGCCCUCAGAACAGCCUCAAUUUGUCGGGGGAUGGACUCUACAAGGUGUCGAAAGCGUACAACCGGGAUUCUGGCCCAUGUUGAAUACAAUGCUUCUCACAUAGUAUUCAAUGUGUGGACCAUUCUUGAUAUACACGGGAAACUGCUGAGCAUGAAAAACCCAGCAGCGUUGCAGUUCUUGACACAAAAUUGGUGCGCCUGGCACCUACUACCAUACCCCGUUCAAAGGCACUUUUCGUGCCCAUUCAUCCUCGGGAAUGGCACACAUACACAAUCCACCUCUCAAUUGCCUCAAGGCUUAAAAAUCCUUCUUUAACCUGUCUCCUCCCUUUCAUCCAUACUGAUUGAAGUGGAUUUAACAAGUACAUCAACAAAGGAUCAUAGCUUUCCUCUGGAUUCACUUGGUCAGUCUAUGCCAUGGAAAGAGCAGGUGUUCAUAAUGUUUUGUACAUUUAGUCUGUUUUAUUACUCUAUUAUUGUGUAGAGGAUAAGAAUUGAUCCAACUCCUGGUACCUUUCAAACAAGAUUUGUACAAGUUUUUGGAAUUCAAUAGAUAUUCUAUCUAAGUUUAAAUUGAUCCUGCAAAUUAUAUUUAACCACCUUGAAUUAUUCCAGAAAACUGGGUCAUGGUAACAGAAGUAACACGAAAUAGUGUCUUAAAGUGGUUGCUAGGAAACUAGUGAACCCAAGACCGUAUCAGAAGGAAAAUAAAUCACUGGAAAAUAAUCUACGCCGAUAUUAAGACAUUUUGUUUGAUGAACAUGAAUUAACUAAUGUAUAUGGUUUAAAUGUUAAAAUAAGAGAAUAGUAGUGAAAUGCCCUCCUCACAGGGCUAUUUUGAGGGAAGUGUACAACAGCAUAGAGUAGGUAUAUCUGUGCGUUAGCUCCUUUUGAGUAAUGCUUGGAGGGAUUGAGGGUAGCUGGAGGAUUGAACUAAAAAACAAACCAAAUAUAACUAUUGUAAAAUAUGCUGUGUCCAUAAAAUGUACAUAGUAUGUACCGGUACUGUAUAAGCUGGAAAUAGAUGCCUAAGUGUUGUGGUCUAUUAGUUUACGCCAAUUAGGGGAGGGGUAGUAGGGUUAGGGGAGAAUAUAUAACAAAUAUAUAUAUAUUUAAAAAAUAUAUAUAUGGGGGAUUGGAAAUGAUGUAGACAAUUACAUUUGAUGGAACCCACAAUCUGAAAUAUUAAAGCUGAUCUAAAAAAAUAUGCAAAAUACAAAAAAAUGCUUGUACACCCUAUACUUUGACUCAAUGAAGCCAUCUCGUAUCUGUGAAGCGAUACACAAUUAUAAAAUAAAUUACUAUCUAGAACCUAAAAGGGUUAUUCGGCUGUCCCAAUAGGAGAUUAACCCCGUUUGGUUCCAGCCCACACAGACAUCAAUUCAAAGUCUAUUCCACGUUAGUUCAACGUCAACAUUGAUUAAACAUGUUUUAUAUAUUUAACCUUAUUUUAACGAGGCAAGUCAAUUAAGAACACAUUCUUAUUUACAAUGAAGGCCUACCACGAGGCCAAAUGCCUCCUUUUACGCGGAUGGGGGCUAGCUUUAAAAAUACAAAUGUAGGACAAAACACAAAUCAUGAUGAGAGCGACCACAACAAUUAAGAAAGACUUAAAGAGAGACCUAAGACAUCAACAUGGCAGCAACACAUGACGGAUUAUAAUUAGAUGUAUCACGAAGAGGAAAAUGUCCCAACCAGUAUGCGCCCAGUGGGAGGUAGAACCCUUUUGAUUCCAGGUAAAAGCGUUUUGGGUUACAUGCACAACCAUUUCCACAGAGGGUUCUACAUGGAACCCAAAAGAGUUCUACCUGAAACCAAAAAGGGUUUUACCUGAUAUAAAAAAAGGGUUAUCCUAUGGGGAAAGCCGCAGAACCCUUUUGGAAAGCUUUUUUCUAAGCAUUAUUUAAAUGCUAGUAUUAUUAUCUAGUAUAAUGUAAGCAACGUUUCCCUUUUGAGGCCCACUGAGUAAAUCUGGGGAUCGAUACCUUAUAUCAUAGAUCACAUAUUUAAGAGUAGAAUGUGUGCUCAAUAUUAAUUGUAGACACAUAUCAAUAUACACUGAGUAUAGAAAACAUUAAAGACGCCUGUUUUUUCAUGCUCAACAGUUUCCUGUGUGUAUCAAGAAUGGUCUACCAGCCAAAGGACCUCCAGCCAACUUGACACAAAUGUGGGAAACAUUGGAGUCAACAUGGGCCAACAUCCCUGUUGAAUGCUUUCGACACCUUGUAGAGUCCAUCCCCCAACACACAUGGGGGGGAUUGGGGGGGUCCUAAUGUUUGGUAUACUCAGUUGCAAGACAAUAAAUCACAUUGCACAACUAGA